AUGGUCGCGUCUCUACCCUUCGAGCUGGUCAACAACAGCAACUCCAGCAACGUGUGGGCUUAUAUCACAGGCAUCAACAUUGCUGAUGGAAGACGUGUGCUGUUACAAGCAGACGGCAAAACGCCUUAUUAUCUCGAAAACGUGUCUGCAAUUGGAUCGGAGCUGGCGCAAGACUGUGCCAUUCCGCUCGGACAGCCAGGAAACACUGUAACCGCUACCGUGCCUCAGAUUGCAGGCGGUCGUGUAUGGUUCUCCAUCGAUAGCAAGUUAAACUUUCUGCUGAAUCCCGGACCUGCCCUUGUCGAGCCUUCGGUGCUCAAUCCUAGCGAUCCGAAUGCAAAGGUCAACUUUGGAUUCUGCGAAUUCACGCUUAAUGACGCUCAGCUGUAUGCAAACAUCAGCUAUGUCGAUUUCGUGUCCAAUGUUCCUAUCGCCAUCACACUAAAAAACUCAGCUGGUGCGAUACAGCAUGUAUCUGGCAUGGCCUCUGAUGGUCUUGAAAGAGUGUGUGCAGAUCUAAAAACCCAAGCACAGAAGGACGGAAAGCCAUGGGACAAACUGAUUGUGCAGGAAAAUGGACAAAAUUUCCGUGUCCUCAACCCAUCUCACGGAGACGCCGUUGGAGCAAGCUUUGCAGGAUACUAUGAGCCGUAUGUCGACGAGGUCUGGAGUUAUUACAGCGCAGACUCGAGAAUGUUCAAGGUCGACACUCAGGCAGGCCCUGGUGUUCUCGAUGCCAAGGUGUCAAACAACCAGUUGCUCGUUGGCGAAGAGGCUUUCGACAAGCCAAACACUGCAGACAUCUUUGGAUGUAACAGUGGACCGUUUACCACUGGGCCCAAUGGCACCCGCAACGCCAUCAUCCCUCGUCUUGCAGCUGGCUUCAUCCGUACCACGCUGGUGUCUCAGACUCAACAACCGUCGGACCCAUCGACCUACUACAAGAGUGAUCCGACCAACCACUACUGUCGAAUUGUGCACGAGCACAACCUCGACCAGAAAGGCUACGGGUUUGCAUAUGACGACGUGCAGCCGGAAGGAGGAGUGGAUCAGUCUGGCAAAGUCAACGAUGGCGCACCUGCUCUCUUCACGAUUGCUGUGGGAGGCAACAAAGCGUAUGUUGGAGAUUCAGCUCCUGGAGCUGCUAGUAAAGUGAUGGAAGAAGAGUCUGAGUCUGCUCGGCAGCCCGAGUCUGGUGCUGGUCAUCAAGAGAACGGGCAGCAGCAGCCGAUGCAGGAGAGCGCACCGCCAGCUCCAGAGCGAAAGAGCAGUGGACUCCGUGGUAAGCUUAGCGGUUGGAAGAAGAAGUUCUCGCAGUAG